CGACGACCUCGAGAAAGAGAGAGAGAGAGGAAACCCUUCUCCUCUGACCCCUUUUGCUGCUGCUCGACGACAAUGACGACUCCGCAGCCCGCGAAUCCGUUCUUCCCGCCAGGCGUCCCGGCGCCGCCGAACACGGGCAACGAGCAGCUGGGACCCGGCGCGCCGUCACCCUUCAUCCACGAGGAGAAGCCGCUGUAUCCGCUCCGUGCGCAGGAGUCGCAUGCUUCUUCCUUCUUUGCCUUUGCCGAGCCCAUUCUCGGACCAUUUGGCAGGGUGCUUGACAAGAUUGCAGAGAAGAGGCGGGCGCUUGAUCUCCCAUUCCCGGGGACGGCCGAGCACCUCCAAAAGGAGACUAAGCAAACCUUGCUCUCUAACUUCUUCUACGAUGGCGCGAGGGCAGACAUGGUCAAGACUCUGUCGGUCAACCCCAUUUUCCAGGUCACACAUGCUUUCAGCAUGGGCGCGACGAGCGCCCAAGGACCCGUGCCCCCGUCGUACAACUUUGGAGCAGUCUACGGUAGCGACAAGGUCUUUAUGCAAGCAGGGCUGGACGACUCGAUGAGCGUGACGAUGCGGGCCAAUGGCCGGCUCGCACGCGGGCAUAUCAGCAAGGUGCAAGCACAGCUCGCCGCUCAGGAGGGUGCUAGCUUUGUCCAGCUCGAGCACGACUACCAAGGCCUGGACCACGCCGCCAACAUCAAGGCACUAAACCCAUCGCCGACAGACGGCGCGGGCAUCUAUGUGGCCAACUACAUCCAAUCGCUUACGCGAAACUUUGCGUUGGGCGUCGAGACGAUCUACCAGCGGCAGUCGGCGGACGCUCAGGAAUCGAUGAUGGGCUACUUGGCCAAGUGGACGAGCAAUUCGCGCGAUGCAAUUGCCACGGCUCAAUGGCAGGCCCAGGGCAUGCUCGGGUGCACCUACUGGCAGAGGCUCAGCGACCGCGUAGAGGCCGCCGCCGACCUGCAGGUGAUCACGGCUGCCGGCAAGCGCGAGGCCCAGGCGACGGUGGGCGCAAAGUACGACUUCCGCAUGUCCACCUUCCGCGCCCAGAUCGACUCGUCGGGAAAGAUUGCCUCGCAGCUCGAGACGAGACUGGCCCAGGCCUUUGCCUUUACCGUCGGCGGAGAGAUCGACCACUUGAGAUCCCAGGCCAAGUUUGGCCUCGGCAUCAGCCUCGAGUCGAGCCCCUCGGAGAUGAUGAUGGACCCCAACUCGCCACCACCGCCGCCGCCCAGCGUGCCCAUGUAAGGACCCUCGGAUUUUCUUCCAUCCUGCCCGACAACCUUGCUCCCUCCCACCCCGUCUCCUCCAUCCAUUCGCCACUUCACCACCCUCUAUUUUUCCUCUGAUGGGGGAACGACUCAAAAGGCCUUCUUUUCUUUCCUCUCCCCCCAUCGUGUACGUGUAGCAUUUCGAGAGAGUCUCAGCAGCAAUCUUUGUGUUGUCCUCGAUAUAGUCAAGUAGUAGUCAGUCAGUAGUAGCAACCCAUCGGCGUCCACUUGCGCCCCCAGGCGAAGGUCCAAGAGGGCAAUGCGCAGUCCAAUACACACCAUUCAAACACACCGCACAC